CUCAGUGGCUAGUCAUUUUGGUGUAAAAAUACAUUAUUAUAACCCUUACGCCUUAUAGCCCUUAUGGCUACAAAAGGUAUGCACGACCAAGUUACCAAUUAUCGAUGCAGUCUCUUUUCCAUUUCCUCUCUGAACAUUUAGAUUUACUUAUGAUGACAUGUAUAAUAUGAAAAUGUAAUAUAUAUGUGCUCUGUUCCAGAACCUGCAGGAAUCUACUAGUUUUCGAUUUUUUCUCGAUAUAGUAAAGUUAAAAUCGGUUAUCAUAGUACUAAUAAUAUAAUAUGAAAACUCAAUAGCUCGUCAUUUUGGCGCCAAAAUACAUUUUUACAUCCUUAGCCUUAUGGCUAUUAUAUGGCCAAAAUGUGAGGCGUCACAUGUGGACGAAAUCUAGGCUUGUCUGUCCAUCGCUGGAAAGGUAAGACAGUUAUAUUUGGCACAUUGUGAUAUUUUUGUAUCUUGAAUUGAAAUCAGUAUUCUAUGGACGCCUUUAUACCCUUUUCCAUAAGUUGAAUAUGUCGAUGAGGACAUGUUCGUCUGUUGAAUUCACGUAGGAUUUACCGAUAUUUAUAAGGCUUGUAAAUAUCAAUAUAUUUUGGUAUUUAAAUUUAUAUUACAACACAAAACAUUACCCAGCGUUGUUUCCAUUCUUCCAUUGUGGUUCUUAACGCAACACAAGAACCACUUGCUCUCAUUCUUUUAUGGACAUAUCCAAAAUCAUGGACUAAAAAUAAAUUAAGGAGACAACGCUCUGGUUUGUUUUAAAUAUAUAUUUUUAUUUGUUAAUGAAAAACUGGAAAUCAGUUAGCUAUCAACAGUCUUAGCAUACAAUUCAUAGCAUCAGUGACGGUUAUCUGUAUUUGUGGAAAAAAUUGUAAUUAUUACAACAUGCUACUCAAAUUCGUGGAGCAGUAUUUGAAAUAUAAUAAAAUCAACCUAGUUAAUUCCACAUUUAUUGGAUUCACUGUAAUUAUUGUUAUCUUUGGUUCGCUCAUUAUCGUGGUGGAACCCAUCUUACCCGAUUUCAUAAAACAAUCCUUUCGUUAUGGAAAACACAAACACAAUGGUCCCGCAAUAGCACUAGUUAACCGAAUUGAAGUACCAAAAUCAUGGUUUAGACAUUUCUAUAUAUUUGCUUUCACCUGGGCACUGUUGGCACUAUAUUUAAUAAUCAAGGGUAUUAUAACGCACACUGCAGCUCCACAAAGUGUUAUAGAGUUUUUGGAUUUUGUUGCUGGUGGCUCGGAAAACCGUAACAUUUUAAUUAAUUCAAAUAGUGCUCUGGUUGCCAGUGUCCUUAUGACAUUACAAUGUGGACGGCGUUUCUAUGAAACCAAUUUUGUACAGAUAUUUUCCAAGGAAGGUAAAAUAAAUAUACCCUACUAUGUGGUAGGUUAUUUACAUUACUUUGGAGUUAUUCUGGCAUUGCUGUUGAACACUGAAGGUUUUGUGAAAGGAACCCUGCCGUCUUCAUUCAGUUUAAUGAAAAUCACGUUAGUACAAUAUGUUGGCAUUUGUACGUUUUGCUUUAGUUGGUUGCAGCAGUAUAAAUCAAAUAUGAUUUUGGUAAAUUUACGCAAAAAUCCCAACACCCAUAAACUUGAAACAGAGAAACACUUAAUGCCAACUGGAGGUUUCUUCAACCUUGUAUCAUCGCCACAUAUGUUAUUCGAAAUCCUAAUGUACGUCUCAAUGCUGAGUGUUGUGGGAAAAAGUUUCACGUGGAAAUUAAUUGUUAUGUGGGUUUCUAGUAAUCAGCUUAUUAUUGCCCUGCUGACUCACAAGUGGUAUAAGGAAAACUUUAAGAACUAUCCGAAACAAAGAAAAGCUUUGAUACCAUUUCUGGUAUAAAAUCCCACCAAAGGUAUUCUGUAUUAUGUAUACUAUUUAUAAACCUUAAACAUUUUUGGGUCAUUCGAACAAUUCUACAUAAGGACUCAAAGUAUUUGUGUUACGAUUUAUAUACAUUUGUAUAAUUUUUAAAAUAGCUGCUUACUUGCUUUUAAAAAUAGCUACAAUAAUUAAAUACUUCAAUGUCAUUAUGAAUAAGAGGAAAUGUUGUAAUUUUGAUGUCAUUCGUAUAUUAAAAUAUUUAUAUGUGUAUUAGUUGUGUAACAUUUUUAAAAAUUUAUAAGUUUACGCCAAAUUAUGGAACUGUAUUGAUAAGUUUUUAGACGAAAUGCCGAUUUUUACUAUUAACAAGUAAGUAAAAAAAAGAACAUUAAGUUCAGCCGGGCCGAACGUUUAAUACCACUGUGUAAAGAAAACUUUUUUUAUAUAAAAGUAUCUGAAUUCAGACGUGUCCCACUUUAAACAUUUGGAUACUGCUGUAAAAUUGUUCAAAAACCCGUUAUAUGGGGGCCAUACUUUAACAGGAACCUCUAUAGACAAUUUUAUACUAUACCAAAACGUGGAUCUAUAUAUACUAUGUUCUACCAGCGGAGUUAAAACCCAUUACGAACUACAAAUACCAAUUUUUAGAGAAAUACGUGGAAAAAUGAGGCAAAAAUCAUCGAAGUACCGAAUAUUGGGAGGUACCGUUAUAUGGGGGCUAUACAAAAACGUGGACCUAUGCAUACAAUGUUUCGCUACCAGACUUACAACCCCUUAUGACCAACAAAUGCCAAUUUUUGGACAAAUCCGUAAAAAGAUGUGGCCAAAAUCAUCAAAAUGCCGAAUGUUGGGGGGUACCAUUAUAUGGCGGCUAUACUGAAACGUGUGCCGAUAUUCCAUUCCAUUCUACCAUUCUAGACACAAUACAAAUUGUUGUGCCAAAUUUUUAAGCUCAACGUCUAAUAAUAUGGGCUGUAUCGUGAUUUCAACCGACUGACAGACGGGCGGACAUCGUUAAAUCGACUUAGAAUUUUAUGCUGAUCAAGAAUAGAUGUACUUUAUGGUGUCUACGACGAAUAUUUAGGGAUGUUACAAACAAAGUUAAUAUACCCUCCCUUUCAAGGUGGAGGGUAUCAAAAUUUAAGAUGUUAAAUUGCAGCUAACGAGCGAGUCGAUUGCUUUUCUAACUGUCCGCUUUUUUGAAAUAUGUCGAAAUUUUUUAAAUGUUUUGUUAAAAAAUAAGUAGAUUUUGAUAUUUUUUCUUAUACAGCGAAAAUCGGAGGUUGUUAUUAUAUGCAUUUUUCAACAAUUUUAUAAUAUAAUUUAUCAAUAAUUUUUCAUUCAACAUUUUUAAUUUCAAAAUCGUGUAGACAGCAGCUGUGUCGAUGCGACUACUUGAAUUAUUCUACCAUGGAUAGUACCAUGGCUCAAUUGUGCCUUGGAUAGUAAUAGGAACGAACACAGCAAAAAGUAUUUAUAUGCCUGUGAAUGAAACAACGACAACCCUUAUUUCCGCUAAACGCAAACCGCCCUUAAUUGUGUCUAGAGACACCUGACUUGUCCGCGUUACAAAUAUUUGUAUGUAUUUGUCACGGUGAAAAUAUUAGAGAGUCGCAUUAGCAAUUUGUUACAACAAAAUUAUUCUCAACUAAUUUACAGGAAUAAAUUUGUUUAAACGACACAAUUCCUAUGAUAAACAAUUUUCAAA